AAUUGCCUGUGUGGACCAGAGGACAAACGGAGCGAUGCUCAUGCCUGGGAGCUCUGUGAUCCUUAGCCAGGAAGGGAAGGGCAGCUUUAAUAGUUCCAGUCUGGCUGGAUAGGGAAUCAAAUGCACAUCAAAGAAUAGUUUAAAAAGAUCUCCCUCUUCACCGAACGCCGCUUCAGGCUUAGAGGAUCCCGAGCCUCGCUAACAAAAAGACCACAUGGACUCCAGCACGCCAUCAGAAAGCCCCUUCUGUGGCCUCACCAACAGGAGUAGCAGCUUUUUCAAGCUGGUUGACACCUUUGCUCUGGAGAUCGGGGAGCUGAAGAAGGAGAUGGUGCAGACGGCUCCAGCUUUGGACAAGGAUCCUGUGGAGUUAGAAGGGCUGCAGGGUGGUGCCUACCUGCAGCCCCCCCACUGCAGUGGGCUGGUGGGUGAGUGGGAUUCUGGUUAUGACUCCCUGCGGAGAAGGAUGAGCGUGUUGGACCGGCUGACUGAAACUCAUCAGGUGUGGCUGCUGCUUGCGGUCAGUGAAGACGAGGCGUCCUCCAUUCUGCUCAAACAGCCUCCAGGGGUGUUUCUGGUAAGAAAGUCGGCGGUUCUGCAGAAGAAGGUUCUGUCUGUGCGUUUGGAUGAGGAUCACUCAGAAAGUCCCAUCAGCCACUUCAACAUCCGAGAGAGUCAGUACGCCUUUUCAAUCGAAGGAUCUGGGAUUAGCUUUGCAGAUCUGUUCCACCUUGUGGCCUUCUACUGCGUCAGCAGAGACAUCCUGCCAUUCACGCUCAAACUUCCUGAGGCCAUUUCAUCUGCAAAGACCCAGAAGGAGCUGGAGGAGGUGGCUCAACUCGGCGCAGGCUUCUGGGACUCUGCCCUGUGCAGCCGGCGACGUGCCUCCCCCGCAGUCUGUCGCCGUCUGAGCCGGACCCUCGGCCCCCAGCAGGCUAAAAGGACGGGUGACGUGGAGGAAUCCCGCCAGAGACAUCUGGGUGUCCACAGCGACAGUGCGCCUCCUACCUUACAGCCCCACACACCUCCACCUUCCUCCUUUCAGGACAGCAGUCGCUCCAUCGCGGCCCCCCUCUGCUUUGUGAACCCCCUGUUCCUACAGACUCACCCCCGGAGCCCUCAGGUCACCCGUCCCCCUCAGUCCGAACCAGAGAAAGCUGCGGAUUCAGAGCAGCUGAGCAGUGAGCCGGACGUGGACCAGACCAAGCUGAACUGUAAAUCGCGCCCUUCUCCUCCUCCUCGCCCCCCUCCUCCCCGUUCAAUGCCAAGCCGCCGGCCCGCUCCGCCUCCACCCGGGCCUCCGGCACCGAUUUCAAGAACCAAGAGCAUGCCGGUACCUGUGGCCCCCAGGCAGCAGACCUCCACCAGGCGCCCAGCUCCAGCUCCACCUACAGUGGGUACCAGAACCAGCAGCCCAACCAAAAGUACGACUUCACCGAACCGACCGCCUCCUCGACCCAAACAGCCUGAUCUGGAAGCUCUGCGGUGCCACAUAGCCCUAGAUGAUGAGACCAUUGCGAGGGCUCUGUCCCGAGCCAACCUCCCAUCCUGCCAGCCGGCACCUGCUACCGAGGAACCGUCACAGAACCUCACAGAGAGUCUGCCUGAAUCCGGUGAGAGGGGGCGUCAGCGCCUCAGUGACAUGAGCAUCUCAACAUCAUCCUCAGACUCCCUGGAAUAUUCCCGCUCUCCCGGGUUCUCCCUGGACCUGGCUCCCAGCCCGUCUCAGCACCCGGCAGAGGACAGCAGCGAGGACGACGAGGACGUGGAGGAGGACGACGAGGACUACGGCGUCGGAAUGGAAGCAGAUUUGGAGUCGCGUCUUCGUCCCAUCCUUAAAGCUCGGAGGCGGAGGGUCGGCGUGAGUUUGGGCGGCGGGUCCUUCGUCCUGCCCCGCUCCCUGAAGGGGCGCUUCAGCAAAGUGGGAGGGAUGCUCAGCUCCCUGAUGACCCCGGAGAAACGGGCCGUCAAACGGAUUGCGGAGCUUUCCCGGGACAAGAGCUCGUACUUCGGCUCAUUGGUUCAGAACUACAUCAGCUUUGUUCAGGAGAACCGGAGCUGCCACACUUCUGGGAUGGACUUCCUGCAGACUGUGCGGCAGUUCAUGACCCAGAUGAAGGCUUACCUGCGGCAGAGCUCCGAGCUGGACCCUCCGCUAGAGUCGCUCAUACCAGAGGACCAGAUUGACCGGGUUCUUGAGAAGGCCAUGCACAAAUGUGUCCUGAAGCCUUUGAAGAGCGACAUUGAGGUGAUUCUGCAUGAUUUUCAGGUGAACAGCGGAGCUCUGCAGCAGCUCAGGGAAAACCUGGCCCUGGCUAAAAACAAGAAGCCCCAAGAGCUGGGGGUGGACGGAGCCGUGCCCCCCGACUCUAUGGCCAUCGAGAAAAUUCGCCAGAAGUUCCUGAACAUGAGGAAGAUGUACUCCCCCGACCAGAAGGUGUCCCUGCUGCUACGAGUCUGCAAACUCAUCUACACCAUCAUGCAGGAUAAUUCAGGGAGGAUGUACGGCGCCGAUGACUUCCUGCCCAUGCUGACCUAUGUAGUCGCUCAGUGCGACAUGCCGCAGCUGGACACAGAGGUUCAGUACAUGAUGGAGCUGCUGGACCCGACUCUGCUGCAGGGGGAAGGUGGUUACUACCUGACCAGCGCUUACGGCGCCAUGGCCCUCAUCAAGAACUUCCAGGAGGAGCAGGCGGCCCAAAUUCUGAGCUCUGAGGCCAGGAACACCCUGCACCAGUGGCACCGCCGGCGAACGGCGCAGCGCUCCGUGCCCUCUGUGGACGACUUUCAGAACUUUCUCCGGGUCGCUCUGCAGGAGGUGGGCUCAGGCUGCACGGCUAAAACCCUGCAGGUUCAGCCGUACAGCACAGCGGAGGAGGUCUGCUCCCUCUGCGCCUUUAAGUUCAAGGUACCGGAUCCUGAGAACUACGCCCUGUUCCUGAUCACCGAGGACAUGAGCCAGCAGCUCGCUCCAGACACCCACCCCCAGCAGAUCAAAGCAGAGCUGCACAGCCGGCCCCUUGCGCAGGUCUUCCACUUCGUCUACAGGAAGGUGGACAACCUCAACCUCUGCAGCCAGGCUGACAUCAGCAAUGGAAACUGCCUGCAGGCGGAAUAGGGAGGCGCUGCAGUUAUGGUUGGUCAGGGUAUCUAGUAGGUAUAUAAAGGAAGAUUAGAGGAUGUCUGAUGUUUUGUUUGGAGGGACUUUUGAGGAAGCUUGGAAAGAUUCAGAAAGAUUUAUGCAGGUUUGUUCAAGAUGGAUAUGAAGUUUGGAGAUGCUCAGGCCUCCUCCUUUAAUAUGACUCAACUGCUGUCCCCACCAUGCCUUAUAUAUAAACUGAACACUGUAUGUUACUGAGAGCGGGCCCCAGGUUGAAGCAUUUGCAAGUGUUUAUUUAACAGUUGAAAUGAUCUUUUGUAAAAUAAAAAAAAACAUGUUUUUAUUGCUCCACAGCUGCAGGUCAGUUGUGGUUUAUAUUUCUGUGUAUAAUUAUUUUUGUAUUCCUUAAAAGAUUCAUAAUUUGAUAUAAUGUUGGUGUACUGGACUUAAUUAUGCCAGUUAUUAAGGUCUUUUUGACACAACAAUAUUACAGUUAUUUGCUGUGAGAAAGCUCGAAGGGUUUUUAAUUGAAAUAAAAAACAUUCUGAAUGAAA